CUAACAUUUUUAUUCAGUUGCAUACAAGCUUAGAUUGUAGUACGGUACUCUCUCUAGUCAAAAUUGUUACGUUACUUGUCCGUUAAAUAAAAGCAAUUAUGGAGCAGGACCCAAAAGAUUUUGGUGUUGGUGAUAAGCCCAUUGAUAUGUCCGUUGUAUAUGGAUUUGUGCCUAAAUUUGAAGACUUUUCCAAGUGUAUAAACCAAUCAAAGGAAAUGGUUUUUAAGUUCUUUCAACUGCUGGAUACUGAUCGUGAUAAAAUCAAGUACCUGUGUGAUGACAACGCUACUCUUACUUACAUUCAUGAGGAAUAUCGUGGGAUUGCUGAUAUGAUGGGUUUUUAUGCAAAGUUUCCUAAUAGUGAGCACAAUGUUGAGCAUAUCAAGUCUGAGAAGAUAAAGAACGUCGUCACUAAGAAGCAUAUUGGGUUCAAUAUUGAGGCUCGUGGCACUGUGACUUAUAACGGCAACCAAUCCAGCAACCUCAAGUGGUUUGAGCAGCGUUUCUUGUUACUGGAAAUCGGUGGGUACCUCAAGAUAUUUGAAACUAGUUUCAAAUAUGUCUAACAGCAUUCAUGGGUUCAAGAACAAGUAACAAUUCAUAAAAAUUCCGAAUUGAAAUAAUUUCACAUCUUUAAAAUUUAAAUAAGUAAA